AUGGCCUCUAGCGCCGUAGCAGCAGCAGCCAAAGGGGGGCCCCUCUCGCUGCUGCAGGGGGGGGCCCCAGGAGACACUUGCUGCCUCCUGGCCACCCGGAUGGAGACCCAAAGUGCAGCAGCAAGCAGCAGGGGGGCCCCCAAGGGGGCCCCCCAGGGGGCCUCCCUAGGGGGGGGCCCCCAGGGGGCCCCCCAGAGGGCCUCUCCCGCUGCUGCCGCUGACGCUGCGGCUGCUGCUGCGACGGAGGAGCGGCGCUGCCAGCAGCAGCAGCAGCAGCAGCAGGCUGCUGCGGGGCCCGACGCCCCUGCAGCAGCGGCAUCAGCUGCAGCGCAUGGAGAGCCGGCGCAGCAAGCGGCGAGUGCUGCAGCAGAAGCAGCAGCAGAAGCAGCAGCAGUUGCAGCUGCAGCACCGGACUGCGGCGCAGCAAGAAAGACAGGCGUGCCUGCAGCAGCAGCAGCAACUGCAGCAACAACAGCAGCUGAAGCAGCAGCAGCGGAGCCCCGCCGCUCCUCUCGCGUCGCUGCAUUACGGGCCGACGCGCAGGAGCUGCUGCUGCUGCAACAGCUGCUGCUGCUGCUGCUGCUCCGUCCUGGUCCGACGAGCUGGCUGUACACCUCAGCGUGGAACUGCCAGCAGCAGAGGCCCUCUUUCCGAGGCCCCCGCGGGUGUUUGGGCCCCACGCAGCAGCAGCAGCAGCAGCAGCAGCAGCAGCAGCAGCAGAUGGGUGCCACGACAGGCCUAGCCCUCCGCCGGCAGCUGGGGGGCCGCCCAGGAGGAGGGACGCAGCAGCAGCAGCAGCUGCUGCUGCCGC